GGGUAACGUUCAGGCCUGGUUACAAUUUCACUGUUACAGCCAUGAGAUGACGUUCGAAAGUUUCCAGGUCGACGGGUUCAAACAGAAAGAUGUUGAAAGCAGAGAAAACUGAGAUGAAUACCAAUACUAAAAUAAGGCAUACGCUUAGUUAUAUACAUUAAUUCAGUCACGGACCCGCGAUAUCACGGGUGUGUUCUAGUCUAAUCAAAUGAUCAACAAUUCACGAUCAACGAAAUUAGAAACGCUGAACUUUCCUAAACACCUUUGCAAAGUCAGAAUCACGGAAGUGUCCGAAACACCUUCGCAAAAUCAGAAACAUCAAAAUGAGACCGGAAACAGAGUACUCGCAACCAGAUCGUCCCUGUCCUCGGUGGGGCGAACAAGAUGACAUAGAACACGGAAGGAAUUACAGAACUACUGAUGGAUACUCUAAAUUUCGUUCAAACUUUGCUGCUUGCCAUGAACUUCCUGUAGAACAUGAAGUGAAGAAUUUAGAAGGAUUUGCCUAUCCAAAACCAUUCGAAGUUGAUAUGAGAAGUCGAGUGAAGGAUUUACCAGCACCAACAAGACGUGUAGAACGUGGUGAACAUUUGGAGAUGUUUCCCAAGCAUGAUCCGAGCAGACAGAAUGGACUAGGUCAGCACAGGUUGUCAGAAGCAACAAGAAACUCGCUUGAAACAACCAGAGGUAAACUGUAUGAAAAAUCUCGCUACCAAAUUCUCCUGCCUGGCAAAUACCAAUCCAAUAAAGAAAACACAGAAAUACAGCUAUUCAACAUCAACCGGACCCUGUGUCCUAAAACACACCAACACGAGGAUCCGCCGAAAGACGACCAUCUAGAAAUUAAUGAUACUGAAGUCAGACAUUCAUGUUUUCGAGUUGAUGACUUCAAUCAGAAUUUUCCUUUUGUUUUGUCUUCUAUAUACAACUAUAGACUACCAUCUUCUCUACACCAACCAGACGACCAUUUGCAAGAAGAUUAUUUGUCGUUACUCAAAUUGCAAGAGAUGGCAGAUAAAAAGGAAGUUCUGCAUCCACAAAGAAUAUUUCACAGACCCACAGUUCCAGAUAAAAUUGGAGUAUUUAUGGACUCGGUGAAAACAGAAAUGAAUAUAUGUGAAUACGAUAAAACACACCAAGAGACAGUUAGCGAAUCUGUUGUUCGGGAGAUACCAGAACCUUGUGUUGGGGAAUGGGAAAACUCGUCAGUGUUAUACAAACUAAAGCUGUCAGACAAGGCUGGAACUCAACAAAGAUAUCACAGCUCCCACGAGGACCCGCUACCAGAUCUUAGAGACAACGGAAAAUAUUCAAAACGAGUUAAUUUCUACGGAUUCAAUUCAUCAGCAUUUAGAGGUUGAUCCAUGUAUUCAUUUACAAACAUACAAUGCGUUGAAUAUUUGUGAACACAGACAGUGGAAACUAAUAAUUUGAGUUAACUUUCUUUUUACUAUCAAGAAAAGAUUCAAGCAGCGACAGUAUUUUUUUCUGUAAUUUUUUAUUCUUCAAUGAAUAAAUGUAUUUGUUUUA